ACAUGAAGACAAGAAAGUCCACGUUUAUCAGAGAGACCAAAACCAGUCUUACAUACAAAGUCGCACAGAAGUGAAGAACGAGCAAAUAAAAAUGGAGACCUCAGUCUGACCCUGAAAGACCUCCACCUCACUGACAGUGGAGUCUACACCUGCACCGUCUACAACAAGGAUGGACACAUGCUGCUACAGAAAUCAGUGACUCUCAGUGUCAGAGAGUACCAGCUGGAGAUGGUGGAAGUGACACAGGGGAAGGAGUUUGUCCUGCUGCCCUUCAAAAUCAAAGAAGGCUUCACCCAGGAUGUCAAAGUGGAGUGGAAACACAAAAACAAGAUGGUCCAUGAGUAUCAGAUUGGUAAAGACCAGUGUCACUUAAAGGGCCAAGAUCAGAAACAGCGCACUGAGAUGAAGGAAGACCCACUGAACACUAAAGACCUCAGUCUGACCCUGAAAGACCUCCACCUCACUGACAGUGGAGUCUACACCUGCACCAUCUACAACAAGGAUGGACACAUGCUGCUACGGAAAUCAGUGACUCUCAGUGUCAGAGUUCCUGAGGUUCAGAUGGUGGAAACAGUUAAAGGAGUACCAGCUGGAGAUGGUGGAGGUGACACAGGGAAGGAGUUUGUCCUGCUGCCCUUUAAAAUCAAAGAAGGCUUCACCCAGGAUGUCAAAGUGGAGUGGAAACACAAAAACAAGAUGGUCCAUGAGUAUCAGAUUGGUAAAGACCAGUGUCACUUAAAGGGCCAAGAUCAGAAACAGCGCACUGAGAUGAAGAAAGACCCACUGAACACUAAAGACCUCAGUCUGACCCUGAAAGACCUCCACCUCACUGACAGUGGAGUCUACACCUGCACCGUCUACAACAAGGAUGGACACAUGCUGCUACGGAAAUCAGUGACUCUCAGUGUCAGAGUUCCUGAGGUUCAGAUGGUGGAAACAGUUAAAGGGGUUCAGUCUGUCCUGCUGCCAUUUACAACUGAUAUCAAGCUUCAGGACGUCACAGCGGAGUGGAAACAUGAAGACAAGAAAGUCCACGUUUAUCAGAGAGACCAAAACCAGUCUUACAUACAAAGUCGCACAGAAGUGAAGAACGAGCAAAUAAAAAAUGGAGACCUCAGUCUGACCCUGAAAGACCUCCACCUCACUGACAGUGGAGUCUACACCUGCACCGUCUACAACAAGGAUGGACACAUGCUGCUACAGAAAGCAGUGACUCUCAGUGUCAAAGAGUACCAGCUGGAGAUGGUGGAGGUGACACAGGGGAAGGAGUUUGUCCUGCUGCCCUUUAAAAUCAAAGAAGGCUUCACCCAGGAUGUCAAAGUGGAGUGGAAACACAAAAACAAGAUGGUCCAUGAGUAUCAGAUUGGUAAAGACCAGUGUCACUUAAAGGGCCAAGAUCAGAAACAGCGCACUGAGAUGAAGAAAGACCCACUGAACACUAAAGACCUCAGUCUGACCCUGAAAGACCUCCACCUCACUGACAGUGGAGUCUACACCUGCACCGUCUACAACAAGGAUGGACACAUGCUGCUACGGAAAUCAGUGACUCUCAGUGUCAGAGUUCCUGAGGUUCAGAUGGUGGAAACAGUUAAAGGGGUUCAGUCUGUCCUGCUGCCAUUUACAACUGAUAUCAAGCUUCAGGACGUCACAGUGGAGUGGAAACAUGAAGACAAGAAAGUUCCACAAGGACGAGCAGAGAAGACGAAAGACCCACUGACAACUGGAGACCUCAGUCUGACCCUGAAAGACCUCCACCUCACUGACAGUGGAGUCUACACCUGCACCGUCUACAACAAGGAUGGACACCUGCUGCUACAGAAAUCAGUGACUCUCAGUGUCAAAGACUACCAGUCAGCAGUGGUGGAGGUGACACAAGGUCAGAAGUCUGUCCUGAUGCCGUUUAAAAUUACAGGUGAGCUUCCUCAGGUGAUCAAAGUGGAGUGGAGACUAACUUACCCUGAAGAAAAGAUGGUUCACUGUAACGACAGCAGUCAGAAACAGGAUCAGGUUUAUGUAGGCCGCACUGAGAUGCCUCACUAUGACCUGAACACUAAAGACCUCAGCUUCACCCAGGAUGUCAAAGUGGAGUGGAAACACAAAAACAAGAUGGUCCAUGAGUAUCAGAUUGGUAAAGACCAGUGUCACUUAAAGGGCCAGGAUCAGAAACAGCGCACUGAGAUGAAGAAAGACCCACUGAACACUAAAGACCUCAGUCUGACCCUGAAAGACCUCCACCUCACUGACAGUGGAGUCUACACCUGCACCGUCUACAACAAGGAUGGACACAUGCUGCUACGGAAAUCAGUGACUCUCAGUGUCAGAGUUCCUGAGGUUCAGAUGGUGGAAACAGUUAAAGGGGUUCAGUCUGUCCUGCUGCCAUUUACAACUGAUAUCAAGCUUCAGGACGUCACAGUGGAGUGGAAACAUGAAGACAGGAAAGUUCCACAAGGACGAGCUGAGAUGAAGAAAGACCCACUGACAACUGGAGACCUCAGUCUGACCCUGAAAGACCUCCACCUCACUGACAGUGGAGUCUACACCUGCACCGUCUACAACAAGGAUGGACACAUGCUGCUACAGAAAGCAGUGACUCUCAGUGUCAAAGGUGAGAGUAACAUCUGUUUGUCCACAUUACAAAUCCUCAAUGAAAAAGAUCCAAUCAAACAGCCUGUGAUGCAUCAUGGGAAUGUGACAUAUGUAGAAUCAGUGCAGGUUUGCUGUAUGUGAGUUGAGCCGUACAGUGCAGGAGAGAGAGGGUGGCUCCUGCCUCUGUUUUACAGUCCAUGAUUGUAUAGAAGCUGUUCCAGAGUCAGC